CGCCGCGGCUCGUUCCCGAUCCGAUCGGUCAGCGCGCGGAGACACGUGUGCGCGCUUCUCCUAGACCGCACAGCUGACAUGUCCCGCAGGGUUUCCUUCCCAGAAAUGAUCCGCCGGAAGAGGGACGGCGAGCGGCUCACGGCCCAGGAUCUCCGAGCCUUUGUGGGAGCCGUGAGGGACAGGAGCAUCCAGGAGAGCCAGACGGGGGCUAUGCUGAUGGCCAUGUGGCUCAAGGGCAUGGUGGCCGAGGAGACGAGCAUUCUGACCCGAGAGAUGAUGUUCUCUGGGGAGAUCUUGGACUGGCCGGAGGAGUGGACGGACCUGGUGGUGGACAAGCACUCCACCGGGGGGGUUGGGGACAAGGUCAGCCUUCCCCUGGCGCCGGCACUGGCCGCCUGCGGCUGCAAGGUCCCCAUGAUUAGUGGGAGGGGCCUGGCCCACACAGGGGGAACCCUGGACAAAAUGGAGUCCAUUCCGGGGUUCAGCGUCCAUCAAUCUCCUCAACAGGUGAAGCGCAUUCUGCAGGAUGUUGGCUGUUGCAUUGUGGGUCAGACUGAGAGCCUGGUGCCCGCCGAUAAAGUCCUGUACGCCCUGAGAGACGCCACGUCCACCGUGGACAGCGUGCCCCUCAUCACAGGUUCCAUCAUCUCCAAGAAAGGCGCCGAGAGCCUGUCGGCGCUCGUCCUGGAUGUGAAAUUCGGGAAGGCGGCUUUGUACAAGGACACCGAGAGCGCCAGGGUUCUGGCCCACUCGCUGGUGGAAACCGGCAGCAGCCUGGGUAUCUGCACAGGUGCCGUGCUCAGCAGGAUGGACAGUCCCAUCGGCCGCUGUGUGGGACACUCCCUCGAGGUGAUGGAAGCCCUGGAGUUCCUGAAGGGCCGGGGGCCCCGUGACCUGCAGGAGCUCGUCGUGUGUCUGGGCGCUUGCCUGCUGAAGAUGUGCGGCAAGGUGGACACACUGGUGCAGGGGAAGCAGGAGAUCGCCGGCGCCCUAGAGAGUGGAGCGGCGCUGCGGAGGUUCGAGGCCAUGCUGCAGGCUCAGGGAGUGUCCCCAGAGGUGGCCGGGGCCCUGUGCUCUGCCCAUGCUGACUACUUCAGGCUCUUGGGGCUCGCCGACUGCAGAGCCGAGCUACGUGUGGAGGAAGACGGCACGGUUUUGGAGUUCAACGGCAUGGUCCUCGCUGAGGUUCUGCACAAGUUAGGGGCGGGACGUACCAAGGCUGGAGACCCCAUCAAUCACCUUGUGGGAGCAGAAUUAUUGGUCAGCUUGGGCCAGCAGGUGAAGAAAGGUGACCCCUGGGUCAGAAUCCACUGUGACGCAGCCACCUUCACCAUGGAACACCGAACCUCUCUGCAGGGGGCACUGGUCAUUGGGGCUCCUGAUGAUUUCCAGGAGACACCUCUGGUGUUUGAAUUCAUCCCCCCAGAGCUGAGCGACUAAAGUAAAGGUGCAGCUCUUGGCCCAGUGUGUUCUUGCAGCUCUCCGCAGUUCACAUCUGUGCGCCACUCUUGCAGAGCCACACACAUUGCCUGGUAACGGCUGCAGUCUGCUUAGCAAAGUGUGAAUUCUAAACUACACACUAAAACUACACUAUGACUGAGAUGUAAUAUAUUCACAAAUUAUAUUUACUGAAAAUGUGUGUGGUUACAGUUGUGACCCGUUAAUAUAUACUUAAAGUACUGUAUUUGUUAGUAGGCAAAUAAACAUGGUUCUCCAAGCUGUUGGGCAUUGUACUCAACAUUGAGAAUUCAUCAAUUAAUUUUUAACAUUUUUAUCACAUUCAAUAUAGAUCAUUUGACUGGAUAUAAACAGGUGAAAGAGGCAGCACUGUGCAGAUUGCCUGCGUGUACAUUUAAUUAUACUGUAUUUUAUAUACUGCUCAUACCACAUUAUAAAGAUGGAAGAGUAUUAGUAAAAGCUCGCUGACCAAUGAAACCAUUAUAAAGGACAUGCCUACUUUUAGCAAUAAGUUAAAGUUGAAAAUUGUAUUAUUAUUA